UGUCGAAUAAUUCAGUUCAAGGAACAAAAACAAAAUGUGGCUCUAGCAAACCACGUUAUCCGAAGUGAACAAGUAUUUGACAGAGACAUUUGUGAGUUGAAGUGUUACCAGGAACCAAAUUGCGUGUCUUACAAUUAUGGGCCAUCAGGAGAUGGAAAAUUGGUCUGUGAACUAAGCAACAAGACCCACUUGCAAGUCCCUUCCGACGACCUUCAGAUGAAAGAUGACUUUAUCUACAGACAAAUUACCGAUGUAAGUAUACCUAACAGGGUGAAUUGGUAUUAUCAACUGAGUUGAUAACGUAAAUUGGUCACCGUAAAGAGUUUAAAAGCUGACGUUUCGAGCGUUGGCCCUUCGUCAGAGCGAGUGGAGGAAUUGUGGGUUAUGUGUGGGUUUACGGUGGCUAAGCUAUUGGUGGGAAUAUUGUGACGAGAAAACACGAAUAAGUAAGUCGAAUGAAAAGCGCUCGUUCAUACCGUGGGGAUUAAGAGUUCCGAUUUGAAAGAUAAAUUUUUGUUCUAGAAUUUUGCGGCGUACCGAACUGCCUAGAUAUGAGGAAAGGCUGUUAACUUUCAUAUGCCGCUGAGAAUGAUUAGGGAGAUUGAAGUGUCUAGCGACUGGUUUGGAUGCAUCUUAGUCAUUUCUUUCUACGUCGUGAAGGUGUUCUCAGAAUCCGUUACCUUGUCUUCUCCCUGUUACACCAAUAUAUAACUUUUUGCCUUAAGUGCAAGUUAUGCAGUAAAUGACAUUGGCUGAGGUGCACGUAAAGUGAUCAAUGAUCUUGAUGGAUUGGUUCCCGACAUUUUCUCUACGUUAUGAAUGAGAGGACAAGUUUCGCAUCGUGAGCGAGCGCAUUUGAAAUAAAGUUCCUGGUUGGUCAUUGGUUUGAAAUGAACUUCUGACAAAAAAGUUGCCUACGUUUUUGUCACGUUUGAAUGAAAUAGAUAGAGGUUGCGAAAAGAUAUAUCAGUCUCUGAAUCGUUUUGGAGUAAUUUAAGUAAGUAAGUUUUUAAAAAAUAAAUACACGAAGUUCAAGGUGAGUGGUGAUGGUGAGAUUUUUUGCAGUGACCGGCACUUAUUGUUUAGCUAUAAGUUUGUUAAUUGUGUUUUUGACAAUGUUUUGGUUCAUGAUACUUUAAUCUCCCUAAUCAUUUUAAGCAGCAUAUGGCAGCUUGCAGCCUUUCCCUACAUGUAGGCAGUAACCCUGUUAUACUCUCUCACCGAUGAAGCUCCACAGUUUUGUUGUGGAGCUGGGUAGCAAGGAAAAAAUAUUGUGACAGUUUUCGACUUCAUUGUUGACAGCCUCCUAUUACCACCCAUAACCCACGCGGAACUUAUCGAUGGCCUUUUAUUAACAAUACUCAAUAAUACGUCAUUAAUCGAUAUCUUGGCUGAAAAAGGACAUCAAGAGCGUCACGCUAACACCCAAAAUCCAGUCAGAUCUCAAGCCAGGUCUUCGAGAAUGAUUUAGUGCUAUUGUAGAUGUAGGGAAAAUCACGUUAUUUUAUGUCAACUCAUAGAACGCUUGCCAGAGCAACCCUUGUAAGAGUAACUCGACAUGUCAAGCAGGAUUUGGAGUGCAUGGAUACCGAUGCAUUUUUCCAGAGGUUAACUGUGGGGAAAGUUGUGAAUCAGGUAGCAUGUUCCACAUACACACGCAGUUUCAUUGCUCUCUCUUUUCAUUUUCUUCUUUAUGCUUGACGCACAGAAAAAGAAUACCUCUAUAACACAUUUUCUCAUUGAAUUGUUUUUCUUUUAAAGAUGUUGACGAAUGUGCAAUGAACACUCACAACUGUUCUGCUAACGCCGAUUGUUCAAAUGCUAUGGAACCAUUUCAGUGCACGUGUAAAUCUGGCUAUUCUGGUGAUGGAAAUACAUGUCUAGGUUAGUGCAGUGAUGUACACAUGGAUCGAUAGCCGAGCCAAAUAAAGAGUGAGACAAGCAGUCUGUUAGACAAACAUUUAUGCAUACUAAUAUACUGUGGAUUGAUAGCGGAGCAUAUGUUCGGUUGGACAGAUAAAAGAAUGUGGGUAAUGGAGGACAGAAAGAGUGACAAGAGGACCAGACAGAUAGCUAGACUAACAGCAGGACUGUACGAAGCCGAAAACAGGACACCAAAUCAGAUUCUUUUAGUUGUUUUCAAAUUGGUUAUUGGUUUACCUUUAAUUUCAUUAUUUUUUCUGAUCUCUGUAAGAUGUUGAUGAAUGCACGAUUGCAACCCACUACUGCUCAUCUAAUGCCGAUUGCUCAAAUGCUGUGGGAUCAUUUCAGUGCACGUGCGAAUCUGGAUACACUGGUGAUGGUAAAACAUGUGAAGGUAACCGUAGUCUACUUUUUCCAGCCGAUAGCCGAGUCAAAUGA